UUUUUCUCCUAGUAAUGUGACGGAGCAGCGUGCUGGAAGCAGUGGUUCAAUCCCGACUCGUGAAAGGCCGCAGCGCUAAAAGCUGCUGAUCUUAUGAUAGAAGAACAGAGUGGUAGAUCUAAAUAGAGAGACACAGAGAUAAGGAGACGAGACAGAACGUGACGAAAAGAGCGAGUAGGCUACAGACAAAGCCAUAUAUAUACAUAAACAUAUUUAUAUAUAUUUAUACACACAUACACAUAAAUAUACGUACACGCAGAUACACACACGUCUCUCAGAAGUUUCCUUAUUUCAAGAAGGAGAAAAAGAGAAACAUAUAAAGAUAUAUCUAUAUAUGUCAAGAUGUUUCGUAAAUGUCAACGUUAGCUAGCUAGAAUGGUGCUUAUUGCUACGUGAAGUUGUAAAGUCAAGUGUUAACUGAAGGAAAUCUGGUGAAAUGGCAACAGUUUCCAGUCGAAUGGAUCGUCACGAGGAAUUAGUCAAUGCAAAGGAUGCUGUUGGCAAUACAUCAGCAGAAUAUUCCAUGUUGAUGCAUGGAAUCAACACUUGUGCUGCCCCUCUUGUACAUCAAAUAGUUCGACAGAACCCUCAAUUAGUCCAUCAGAAAGGUUGGCAUUCUCAGACACCAUUGCACAAGGCAUCUCUUGGAGGUGACUGGACUAUAAUCUACCUACUUUUGGAGGCAGGUGCUGACCCAAACAUGUGUAAUGACUUCGAUGAAACACCUCUGCACUAUGUGUGCCGUCGUGGAAUUGCGUCCAAUGUACACCUAAUGUUACAACAUAAUGCAGACAUCCAGCUAACAGACAAGCAAGGACGUUCAGUUGUGCACCAUGCUGCACAAAGUGGAAGUGUGUGUGUUCUCCAUUACCUCAACAGCGUCCAUAAUUUGAGUCUUCAAUCAAUGGACAACAACCUCCAGACUCCACUCCAUAUUGUCUGUCAAAUGGGUCACUUAGAAGCUUUGAAGUAUCUCACCAAAAAUCAGCGUUCUGAUGUGUUCCAGAAAGAUGUCGACGGAAAUACAGUGCUACACCUAACUGCAAAGGAAGGUUUUAGCCAUAUUUCUUGGAUUUUGUUGAAUGUUGGGGAUUGUAGUCUGUUACGCAUGAAAAACAAACAGAAUAUGACGCCACUAGACCUGGUUCUUCAAAAUCCAAAAAAAAAGAACGACCAUAAACAGCUGGUGUCUCUCCUGUCAUAUAUGUCUUCAAAAAACAGCAACCAGAAACCUCCAAGUCCAUUGUUUAUCUGGUGGCUUCAACUACUACAGCCCUGCCUUGUCUAUACCAGUAUGCUUGUUAUUGCACAUAUGACGGGAGACCAGUACCAAGGCGCUGUUGCCAUCUUUGCUCUCCUCUACUUUCUAUUUCUUCUCAGGAAACAUUCACACAGAAUGAAUCAUGUAUGCAAAUGGCCGAACCCUGUUUAUGCUGGGAUGUUUUCUGCCGGUCUCCUUUAUUCAAUAUUUACCUACUUUUUGAUUUUAUUACCAAAUACCAGAGAUUAUAUAUUUUUGCAUUGUCUUUCCCCAUUUUUGACGACCCUUUUGUUGUAUUUAUACUGGAAAAUGCUGAGGACCGAUCCUGGUACAAUCCGGUACUCCCUGUCUAAAGAUGGCACUAAUUGCCCUUAUACACUAAAAGAUCUGUGUGUUCCACCAUUGAAAGUCGAAAUAUUUUGUGAAGAGUGUGAAAUUGUCCGAAGUCCUCGAGUGAAACAUUGCCGCCUCUGUGUGACAUGCUUCCAAAAUAUGGACCAUCAUUGCCUCUUUCUGCUGAAGUGUGUUGCGAAGAAUAACCACACAUUGUUUGUGUGGUUUCUUAUUUGCUGUGCAGCCAGUCUGAGUUUCUUCCUCCUCACUGCAUUGCUGUAUUGUAUUAAUGUUUACAAAGACUUCACCGUUCUCGAAACGGUCGUCAUACUGAUACGGAGCAACAUCUGGAUCUUGACCCUCUCCACCAUGGAUCUCUUCUCCCUCGCUUGGAUUCUCACGUUGAUCCGAUUCCAGUUUAUCAUAGUUUCUCAAGGGAACACUACAUAUUUCCAAAAAUCUGACAGUGUUUUGACAUCCACUGAAAAGCUGUUGAACAUUGCAUAUUUCUUACAAGGAAAGCAACCGUUCGCAUCGGAUCCCUUUGCAGCAUAAUACUACUUGAGAUCAUUCACAGACAUUAAGUAUUUUCAUUUUACCAAUGACACAUGCUCUCUCUCUCUCUCUCACACAUGAACACACACACUCACACAUACAUAUUUAUUAAGUGCUACAUCAAACAUGUGACACAAACGCAAAUACAUAGUGGUUAAUGAAACACACUCACAUUAAGUGUUAUAUACCACAAGUGACACAUACAUGCACACAACACAACGCAUAUUAAGUGCUACAUAAAACGUGAUAUAUAUUGAGUGCUACAUAAAAGAUGCGACACAUAUAAAAUGCUACGUAAGAUAUACCACACAUGUAUUAACUAAUGCAUGAAACAUAACCUACAUAUAUUUUAAAUGGUGCGUUCUACUUGUAACAGAUAUAUUAAGUGCUACAUGAGUCAUGUGACACAUUAGAUAUUACAUGAAAUAUGAUUUACACAAGUGCUACAUUAGACAUGUAAUAUAUAUAUACUGAUUGCUACGUAAGACAUGUGACAUAUAUUAAGUGCUACAUAAGAUGUAUGACAUUCAUAUUAAGUGCUACAUGAAACAUGUUACAUGCAUAUUAAAUGCAAUAUGACGUGUUACACACAUUAAAAGCUACAAGAUGUAUGUGACACAUGCAUUAUGUACUGCAUGAGAAUACAUAAGACUGGUGACACUUUAAUCCAGUGGUUCCCAACCUGUGAUCUGUGAACCCCUGGUGGUCCAUGAACAUGCUAAGCUGACAGCCCUUUCAAUAUCUGGAGUCCAUCGGAAAACUCAUUUAAAUAAAAGGGGUCUUUGGUAGUGAAAAGGUUGGGAACCAUUGCCUUAAUCAGAUAAACCAGUGGUUCUUGACUUAAUGCUAUUGUCAAAGAGGUGCUAUGAGGGUAUAGGGGGUGUCCAGAGGGGGUUGUGAAUUUUUUAGAUAUAAAAUAUUUAGACCAAGUAAAAUACAAUACACUUUUCAAAAAAAUCUUUGUCAGGGGUAGAAGAUGAGUUAGACAGUGUAUUAUCAGAGUGCAGAAAUAGUGACUGAUGAAACACCCAGAUACAAUAUAAUUUCAUUGUAUAAGACCUCAUCAUUUUUGGUUAUUUCCAUAAAAAUUUAACAUAGGUGAGUGUUAGUCCAUGCAAAUAAUCUAAAAAUGAAACAAGCUGGAUGGGAUAGUAUAAUACAUAACCAUUGUAUAAAAUCAGUGAGUAGCCUCUGUGUAAUUACAAUAACAUUAUGUAACACAAAUUUUGUCCUUGGGUAGCAAUUGUUAUUUUCUAUUUGCUUACCCCUAGAAAGAAUGGCUAAGAUUUCCUUUGGACUUUGCUUUUGUUAUAUAUAUUCAAAUCCCAAAGAAUCUCUCCCAACACAUGGCUAUGAUGCUCCCUGCCACUACUCCUGCUCAUGAUCAGAGAGGCACAUGUCAACCACUAAGGGACAUGUUUGAGUGG